AAGAGAUAAAAGAGAAAGAGAUAAAGAGAAAGAGAUAACCUCUAGUUCACAAUCUCCACUUGACUCAAUGAACUUUGAAGACAACAGCAACGACGAGGAAGAAGAAGAAAUGAAUCUUCACGAGGAAGAAGAAGACAACGCCGUUUACGACUCUCCUCCUCUUCCUCCAUCGUCUCGCGUCCUCAAGGCCUCUACUGAAAGUCCUAACACCGCCGGAACAAACUCAACGGGCGGUGGAGGUUUGAUGGUGGUUCACGGCGGUUCUAGGUUCAGGUUCCGUGAGUGUCUCAAGAAUCAAGCGGUGAACAUAGGAGGACAUGCGGUGGAUGGUUGUCGUGAGUUUAUGCCAGCUGGAACCGAAGGUACCAUCGACGCCCUAAAAUGCGCCGCUUGUGGCUGUCACCGUAACUUCCACCGCAAGGAAUUACCUUACUUCCACCACCUCGCGCCGCCGACGCCGCCGGGAGCCUACCGUCUUCCAGCUCCGAUGAGUUACCGACCAUCACCGUCACAAGCUUCUCCUGUCCAGCUGGCUCUUCCUCCACCAGCAGAAGAUCGAAUGGAGACUUCUUCUGCGGAGGCAGGAGGGAUGAGGAAGAGGUUUAGGACUAAGUUCACGGCGGAGCAGAAGGAGAGGAUGUUAGGUUUAGCUGAGAGGAUUGGUUGGAGAAUUCAGAGACAAGAUGAUGAAGUGAUUCAGAGGUUUUGCCAAGAGACUGGAGUUCCGAGACAAGUGCUUAAGGUUUGGUUACAUAACAACAAACACACUCGUGGUAUGUCGUCUUCAUCACCACUUGAUCAACAUCAGAAUCCAACUCUUCCUCCUCCUCCAUGAACAAGAGCAACCAUGCAUGAUUCUUGAGUUUCUCGAUCACUACUAUUGUUUAGUUUGUACCCAUCUUCGUUUGAUAACGAUGUUGUUGAUUAUCAUUCUGGUUAAUUGCGUUUUUCGUUAUUAACAUCCAUAGUCUCUUGGCAAAUCCUUGAGUUGUCUAAGCUAU